UAAUGCUUUGUCACACUCUCUGUCAUUCACUAAACCACGGUACCUCUCUCUUCGACAGAAACUCACACAGAUAGACUGAGCAAACACACUCUCCACCACCUUUUACGACAACCAUUCAGACGUAGCAGAGGUGCCUGGGAUUGCUGUCCCCAGUAUGGAAAGAAAAGCUGAUGUGAAGGCCAUCAUGGCUCGCUUUCAAACGAGUGGGGGAAGCACUGACGAGACUUCUUCCACACCGCUUGGACAUGUCAAACAAUCCCUGCACCCCACCCUCUCCUCCGGCCCGACCAUACAGGCAAAGAAACCGGUCUUGGAGAGCCUCUCAGGCAGUGCGAUAAAUGUUCCUCCAAAACCCGCUUUUCUGAAAAAUACAGUAUCAACUAAAAGUGACACAGACGCACAUGAACCAAACAAAACUAAAGCCCUGGCUAACAGAUUUGGAAACAUGCAGGAGGACACCAACAACAAACCUCCCAUAGCUAAUAAACACCAGACACCAUUGAAGCCAGCUUUUUCACAGGCCGCUGACGCUAAAGGUCCUCUACAGAAGCCCCCUUUCAACAAGCCCCCACUGAGCUCCACCGUGUCCGACUCCAAACCUGCCUUUCCGAAACCCUCCCCACUCAACCCCAAACCCAGCUGGGUGAAAGAAGACAGUGGUGGGGGUUUACAAAAACCGCGCAGCAGCAUUGUAAAACUAAAGCAGCAAAAUGAAGAGAUGGCGGGUGCGGGCACGGAGACUGCAAACAAACCUUCUGUUCCAGUAAACUCCAUUCCUAAGCCCUCCAACUUCAGGACUGCUCAGAAUCUCUUCAACAAAGAGGCAGAUAGUGGCGUGAAAGCAGACGAAAUCAAAAAACCACUCGUCACUGCUAAUAACUCUGUUACAGCUCCAAAACCUCCGGCCAGUAAAAAACCUAGCAUAAAGAAGCCACCAAAGCCUUCUCCUCAGUCCAACAGCAUUAACAGUGAUGCCACUUCAGGCCCAAAGUGUAACCCCCUCCCCAACAGUUUAGCUUUGGGCCCUCCUCCUGCCAAGCCCAACCGACCCCCCAAAGUCGACCUGGAGAGGUUUAAAAGAGGUGCUGAGGCCUCGGAUAAUGGUCCUGGCACCUUUAAGAAACCCACCAUCCCACCUCCUCUGGCCUCUCACCCCAGUAACCUUAGCAACAAUGUGCCCCCGACUCAACCCCCUCAGCCUGCAGUUCCUAGUCUGCCCCCACGACACCCUGGAGCCAUGAUCCCACAAGAUGAUUUCUAUGAUGAUGUUGAUGAAUUUAGCAGCGCUCCUCCGCCUCCACCACCUGCAGGUCACCCCAGUCAGAGGCCAAAGGAGGAAAAUGAUUCUGAUGGAGAGAUGUAUGAGGAUCUGGAUGAACGAUGGGAAGCGGCUGAACAAAAACAAGAUAAGAAGAAAGAAAAAGAAGAUAAGGAGGAGAAAAAACGACUGGAGGCUGAGAAGAAGGAGCAUAAGGAACGUGAGAAGAAGGAACAAGAUGCCAGAAAGAAGUUCAAAUUGGUCGGGCCCCUGGAGGUCAUCCAUCAAGGGAAGGCUCGUGUGGAUUGCAAAAGCAGUAAGACCGACCUUGCUCUGAAGCAGGGAGAAUGCGUGGACAUCAUCCGCGUUCAGGGCAACCCAGAGGGGAAAUGGUUGGGACGGACGCAAGAUGGAUCCAUUGGUUAUGUAAAGACCACUUCAGUGGAAAUCGACUUUAACACUCUGAAGAAACAUCAAGCUCAGCCGGCGUACGAGCCAGAGGUAUACGAUGACAUCGAUGUGGUCCCCUCUAAUGACAGUGGGACCAAAGGACCAGGAGUUGUCCUGCCCCCGCUACCAGGAGAAGACGGAGAAAUAUAUGAUGAUAUUCUUGAUCCAAACCUGGAAGUCAGUCCUGUGGACUCCAGGUCAUCUCCUCCGAAGCCUCGUGGCUUCCUGCGGAUGUUUGACCGGAACAGACGUCCAGCCAGCACUAAAGUAUUGCCUCCACCCAGCCAGUUCACUGCAGAGGGGAAUUCAGACAAACCUGCACCAAUUGAUGAGGAGAUAUACGAUGAUGUUGACUCCCAAAACGCGCCUCCCCUUCCUCCCAUCAGCAGCCUUCCACACCUGAGAGGCAAAGGCAAGACUGAAGAGAUGGACCCAAAGAAGCAGAAAAAGCUUGAGAAGGAGGAGAGGGAAUUCAGGAAAAAGUUUAAAUAUGACGGGGAGAUACAGGUGCUGUACCAGGUGACCAUCGCCCCAACACUCACUAACAAGAAGUGGGGUGUGAAGGAACUUCCUGUCAAAGCAGGAGAGAAACUUGACGUCAUCGUUAAAGCCGUGGAUAACAAAAUGAUCUGUCGGAACGAGGAGGGCAAGUUUGGUUAUGUUUCGAUGGGCCACAUUGUGACGGAUGAUGGUGAUAUCUACGACGAUAUUGGAGAUGAUUGCAUCUACGACAACGACUAGAAACAUCCUGCGCCACGUUUAUUGUCUUACACUGAUAUUGUUCAUGUUAUUUAUUAUGUUUAUUGAUGGUAUACAUUGGGAGCUGCUUUUGGUUAGCCUGAUAACCAUUUCAUUUCCCCUCGUUAUUUAUUAAUCAGCAUUUGUAAUCCCUGUAUAAAUUGGGCAUACAGAUUAUGUUUCAGGGAUUUGGAAUCAGGCUAACUUUAAUUCAUCUGAACAAUGUGAUCCUGUUAAAUUUCUUCAAACAACAACAAAACAAUUUAAUGGGGUUAUGUUGAUUGCAGCAUUUCAGUUAAGUGGGAAACAUUUGUUAUAACAACAGUAUUUGCAUAUCUCUGUCUGCCUUUAGUGGAAACUCAGCAGCAUUGUAUGUACGUGUAUGCUUUUACGGUGUUAUGCAUUUUUUGUUUUGUUCUGCAAUUUUAUCGCUACAUGUUGUAACAUUACUUGUGAUUUAAUUUUUAUUUUUUUUUUUCAUUUAAUUAAUGUUCAUGAUAUGAUACUGUAUGUGUAUUACUUUGCCAUCUGUAAGGCCAACUGAAUUUUUAACAGCUCCUAAAUUAACCUCAGCAUCUUUGUCUCAAGGUUUAACAUAAAUUAAACAACUGUCUCAGU